CUCGUCGUGCUGGGCAACUGAAGGUAUCGGCUAAAUUCACCGAAAAAGCAAGUUAAUUAGCAGGCUAGCAGUCCGAGCUAACAAGCAUUAACCAGACUUGUGUUUCACAGAAAGUUCAGCGAAAUCCCAAAUGCUUAAUUAUUAAAAGUCACUCGCUAAUAUUCCCACUCAGAUCACUUAACUCUUCCAGGCAAUACAGUUGGUAACGUGAUUAUAGUAUGUAUGAGGUAAAAUAUCAACAACAGAGUUCAUAGCGCCCCGCUGCACGCAACAGUCUGAUUAUCUGGCAAUCCUUUGAAUCCAGAAGAAGAAAAAUAUUAGGGAACGGGGUUUAAUGGAUCAUUUGUUGUAAUAUGCUCGUUUGUUUUAGCUAGCUAGGUCGUAUAUCUGUCUAACAUUAAUAUCUCACGAUGUUAACUGAAAAUGACAAGGAUUCCUGUUUUGUUUCCAGGCGUACUUCCAAUAACAAACAAGGGAAGACCGUACAUGUUUAGACAUGACCUGAGCUUUAUCAGAGGCUUCUUAUAAGUGUUUUUGCACGUGAUUCAGCGAAAGCCACUUUUUCGUUACGCAAUAAGAACCCACGACUUGUCUCCUCCGUGUCACAAUAUCAUGUCAAACAUUGACACAGGUGUCAAUUCGUCCACCUGACCCCUGUCACAGCGGGCCUGGGCUCUUUUGGGGAGAGGUUUACCUGCCAGAAGCGUCUGGGUGUUGCCUUAUCAGCACAGCGCACAGGGGACGGCCGGUUAUCACGAGAUCCUCAUGUAGCCUCAUGUAAAACUAGUGACACAUUUAUAACUCACGGUCACUGUAUGUGUCACUUCAGCUUGUCCUCUAGUCUUUCUGAUUGGCUUUAUCUGGGACGGUAUUUUAGUGUUUAAAGGAUUUAGGCAGCAAAUGAAACGCAUGGUACUUGGGGAAAGAGAUUAAUAAGUAAUUCCAUGGAGGCACAAAGAGGAGCAUCCACCUGUUCUGCUCUCCAUUCCCUCCCUCUUUUCCCUUUUUCCGCUCAUGAAAACUUGACUUGUAAUUUACAACAUAGCUCUAUAUGGACUGCCGCUCAUUAUAACAGUCAUUAGACCUCAAAUAUAAAGGAUAAUUGAGUUAAAAUAGUUCAAAAGAAAGCUUCAGUGGAUUAUGAAAGAUCAGCUUGGAGCUCUGGAAAGAAUAGCGUCUGGAUUUGUGAGGAGUGAGUGGAACCGUUUCUGGAUCAAGACCUCAGAACAGCUUCGUUUAUGCAGGCCAGAAUGGCACCCAAAAAUGCUGUCAACGAGCCUGUUCCAGUGUUGGAGCUGGCAGUGAUGCAGGAGAAAGAACCGAAUGGUGGACAAAUCACAGAGAAGGAGAAGGAUGUGGAGAUGUCAGAGGACUCAUCCAGUGAGGAUUCUGUGACCCUCAUUCCCAAGAGGUUAUGGGUGAUGCACGGUGCUGUCAUGUUUGGGAGGGAGUUCUGCUACGCCAUGGAGACCGCGCUUGUCACUCCUGUGCUGUUGCAGCUUGGUCUCCCGGAGCAGUAUUACAGCUUAACCUGGUUCCUCAGCCCCAUUUUGGGUUUAAUUUUCACUCCUCUUAUUGGCUCAGCAAGCGACCGUUGCACUUUGAAAUGGGGUCGGAGGAGACCCUUCAUUUUGGCACUGUGUAUAGGAUUGUUAAUAGGAUUGGCCUUAUUUCUCAACGGAUCUCUUAUAGGUCUGUCUCUGGGUGACUUCCCCAGUAAUCAGCCGGUGGGGAUUGUACUGACUGUUGUUGGUGUGGUGGUUCUGGACUUCUGUGCUGAUGCUUUGGACGGUCCAAUCAGAGCUUACCUCCUGGAUGUGGCUGAUAGCGAGGAACAGGAUGUGGCUUUAAAUAUCCAUGCUUUCUCAGCAGGGCUUGGGGGUGCUUUAGGUUACAUGCUUGGAGGACUGGACUGGACCAAUACCUUCCUGGGCCAAGCUUUUAAAGCCCAAGAGCAGGUGCUCUUUUUCUUUGCUUCCAUCAUCUUUAUCAUUUCUGCGACGCUUCAUCUUUUCAGCAUCAAAGAGCAUCUCUAUAACCCCAACCUGACAGGGGCACUGAAGGACGAGGAUGAAGAAAAACUAGCUCCUGUCCAGCCCUAUGGCAGCUUCCCAUCCACUCGUCUCUUGCCCCAGCUAGAAAUUAUUCCAGAAGAAGAGCCGUUUACCCCCCAUGAGGAUGAUCGGUCUGAGCGGGACCUUUCAACUGACUUCUUAAACAUCGACCUGGUGCGUAGUAAAAGCGACUCCGUUUUAGCCAUGCCAGAUGCAACCAUAGAGCUGGACCCAGACCUAGAUCGUGAUGGGCAGUUUCUGUGCGACAUAGAACCUAAUUUAUUCCAGGACUAUCAGGGUGUACAAGACGAUGGGGCAACGCUUGACUACUACAACACAAACCAGCUUGAUCAGUGCUCUGGCGAUCACUUACAGCAGUGUUCUAGCAAUGGAGAUCAUAUUUGCACAGCCCACAAAACUCUAAACGGAAGCUUUUCAGCUUCUGGAAAUCCAAUCAAUGGAGCAGCGAAUGCCACCAAUCAACAUGGCAAAGUUGGCUUGCGUCCAAACAAUGGCCCAAUGCGUCGCCGCACACCCUCAUUCUACCGUCAGCCCUCAUUCACUUUCUCUUAUCAUGGACGUGUGGGUUUUCAGUGGCGAAGACGCUAUGGCAAUAUGGCCGGCCCGAUUAAAUCUUCUCGAAGUCUGAAUGACCUCGAUAAAAUAACUAGACGGCACGAACGGCGGAAGCUGCAGUUUGGUGGCAUCUCUGCAUCCCGCAGGAAUGAGGAGGAUGAAGAGAGUGAGGAUGGUGAAAGUGAGACCACGGUCAAACUCCUGUGGUUGUCCAUGUUGAAGAUGCCGCCUCAGCUGUGGCGUCUGUGCGUGUGUCACCUGCUCACCUGGUUCUCAAUGAUCGCACAGGCUGUGUUCUACACUGACUUCAUGGGCCAGGUCAUCUACGGCGGAGACCCGACCGCUGCUGCAAACUCCACCGCUCUGCAUGACUACAGUAAAGGUGUGAAGAUGGGCUGCUGGGGGCUGGUGAUCUAUGCGGCUACAGCUGCACUCUGCUCAGAUGUGCUCCAGAGGAUCUUGAACAACUAUGACCUGAGCAUAAGAAUCACCUACAUGUUGGGGACUCUGGGAUUUACCGUGGGCACAGCCGUCAUGUCCAUCUUUCCAAAUGUAUAUGUAGCGAUGGUGAUGAUAAGCACCAUGGGGGUCAUCUCUAUGAGCAUGUCAUACUGCCCUUAUGCUCUGUUGGGACAAUACCAUGAGAUCAAAGAGUACAUUCACCACAGCCCUGGAAACUCACGGCGAGGCUUUGGCAUCGACUGCGCCAUCCUGACAUGUCAAGUGUACAUCUCUCAGAUCCUGGUGGCGUCUGCUCUCGGUGCAGUCGUAGAUGCGGUCGGCACGGUGAGAGUGAUUCCAAUGGUGGCAUCUGGAGGCUCUUGUCUGGCUUUCCUGGCUGCAGCGUUCCUUGUCAUCUACCCUGAUACACUCGACGACGAAGAUGACGAUGAAGACGACGAACAAGGCCCAGGGUCUGUGAAAUCAGAGGUGGCGUCCAAUAGCAGUGCAGAGCAAUUAAAAAACAAGCCAGAGACUGAAUCCUCAGUUUAGGUGUUAGAGCUAAAAAAUAAUAACACUUGAGUUUUAAAAGUACAAAUCCCAGAAUGCACAAGCACCAAGUUGGACGUUCUCUAGCAAUCAUAGACUCACAGAUAUGCUGAAUGUAAUUCUGUGGAUAUGGUACGAAAACAAACUUAUUUGAGUCAAAUAUGUAAUUUCUUGAGAUUAUUUCUCAAGCUAUUUAUUAUUUGGGGCCAAAAUCUCCAUUGUCUUCACAACAAGUUUAAAUUUCAAUUGAAGCAUUUUUGUUUACGUCACUACAGUGGAAAACAUAGUUUCACAUGCUAAUAAUCUUUUCCCGUCAUUCACAAGUCAUUUAUAUACCAGAUAUAAGUUUUUGCAUCAUUCUAGACAUGUUUUAGUGCUAAAAUACGUCUGAUUAGCAUCGUGUUUGUUUCAUCUGCCUCGAAUCAUGACAAACACUCAGGUUAAAGCUGAACGGCUGCUGCUUUCGAGCGCAUUGAUCGCUCACUUCUGUAGAUUUAACUAUGCACAAUGCCAAAAUAUAUCUAUAUUUAUAUUUUUGGUGAAGACAUUGGUUUUGAGAGUUGACUUGAUUUUAUUAGGUACACUAUUUCAAGGGAGAAGGAGCACAGAGAAAGAAGGGAUGUUGAAUAAAGGAACGGCUUUGCUGUAGAGCGAAAUGAAGAAAUGUGUUUAGCUGUCAGGGCAGUUUUUUAUUGUCUGUCAGCCUCUAUCUUAAGCAAUGACACUCCAGUAGUAACAGUAUUUCUCACAGCCAAUUUCAUAAACGUUUCUGGUACUGUUGUGUAGUUCAUAUACACAAGUUGUUUUAUUUUAUUCAAGAAGAAAGACCAAAUGUUUUCAUCGAGUUAGUCACAUGACUCCAAUGGCUGAGUGGCCACUCCUAAAUGUAGUUUAAAUACAUUGCUGGCAUCUGUAAUAGCUGUACAGAGGUCAGUGGACUGGCUCUUUUUUAUUUUUGUGUGUUUCCUGACCAAGGUGGACACUUUUUAUUUUUAAUCCUCAUUUUUUGUGGUACUGCUGUGACUUUUUUUUAGUGUUCGAACCAAAUUGAACGUUUACACUGGUUCCAGUUGAGGUUUUGAAUUCUGUUUAGUUUCCAUAUAAAGAAAGUUUUACACUCUU